UAAAAGCACAGACAGGGCAGGUGAUCUCACAAACAGGUGGAUUUGCUUUGGGGUCAGCACAAGUUUUUCUUUCUUUGCAGAUUUAUCAGUUUGUGUCUCAGGAUACCACUUAUACAUUGGCACGAUGGGUUGCUACUCCUUUAUCAAAGUGAUGAUGAUUUUAUUCAACACUCUUAUAUUUCUCGGUGGAGGAACACUGCUGGGUAUUGGAAUCUGGGUGGCUGUGGACAGUAAAUCCUUCUUAAAUAUAUUUGGUUCAAUAUCUGCUGAUGCCGCUGUCCAGUUUGUAAACGUUGGGUACUUCCUGAUCGCCAUUGGUUCACUUCUUGUUAUCUUGGGCUUCCUCGGUUGCUGUGGGGCUCAGAAAGAAAGCAAGUGCCUCCUACUGAUAUUUUUCUCCAUAAUACUGAUUAUCUUCAUUGCGGAGAUAGCUGGUGCUGUUGUCGCUUUGGUUUAUUCCAAUUUGGCAGAAAGCAUCCUUCAGCCUCUCCUGGCGCCGGUCUUAAAGAAUGACUACGGAAGGAAAGACGAUGUGACCAGAUCCUGGAAUAUGACCAUGCAUGAUUUCAAGUGCUGUGGCUUCACUGGGUACAGUGACUUUGACGGUUCCUAUUACUUGAACCAGACACGCAUGUACCCAUCAUACUGCUGCAACUCCAAUACAUCAGCCGUGUGUUCUCAAGCGGCUGCAAAAACCGCCAACGUUGAGGGUUGUUUUACGUCGCUGUUGGCACUUAUAAAACAGAAUGCAGCUAUAGUGGGAGGUGUUGCAGCUGGAAUCUGUGCACUGGAGCUGGCUGCAAUGGUGGUGUCUAUGUACCUCUACUGUCAACUAGACAAAGGCAAUAGCAUUCACUAACUGGAGGAAGAUUUCUGUACAGUAGUUUUGAUACCUGUGCUUGGUGUGAACUGGCAUUUCAACACAAAGGACUGAACUUGGUGCAAUAUGAUUACAACUGGGCUCAGCAUGGAGCUUACAAUUACCCUUCUUAAAUGGACUCUGUCUGGAUAUAAAUUAUUAAUAAAAAGUUAUAAACAAUAUUGAUCUUCAAAAACUUAAAAAAAAGUUUUAGUUGGAAGCUGUAUUUUAAAAUGAGACAGACUAUUGGCCAGUGGAGUUUAUUAAUCAUCCAAUAGCUGACAGGCUUGGUUUACUUUUUAGAAUUUCCAAGUUUAGUUGUACCAGUUAUGGCAUUCAGAUGCUAAAUCAGAUAUCUAAACAGGCUCAUUAUCUGAAGUCUCUUUUGUAGGAUGACCAAUGACGCUUUGUGUCAUCUCUCUAUAAUUAUUUUUUUUUUUUUUUUUUUUUUUUUAUUUUGGUCUAAAUCUCAGUGCCAAAACUUACCUUGUAUAUUUAAUUGAUUUUCAUGUAUCGGAGGAAAGAAGUGUUUGAUUCUGUAACAUAAAGUGUGAAGAAGCGAUUGUAACAGAAGGAUGCAGGAUAUAAAGCGGGUCUGGAACAUCUCCUCUUCCUUCUCAGUAUGUUUAAUGACUGAAGACGUUUCUCUCUUUAGGAAUAUAAUCUGUGAUGCUACCAGUGGUAUCUGCAGGCUCAGGGCUAGUCUUGUGCAGGUGCCUGCAGGGAAUGUUUGUCAAAGUCAUUGGCUUUUUACUAUAAAACAUCAUAACCAAAAAGUUGCUUUUCUUUAUUAAAAAGUUUCUUUUUAUAUACUAUCCCUCAGUCAUUGCUAUAGCUCUGUAACUGGAGGAUAAAGCAGCAGGCUUUGGUCAAACGCUUUAACCCUGCGAGCGUGUGUAGAGUUCAGACUAAUAGCAUUGGCCCUCACUGUAUGUAAGAACCUCGCCUACUGCUGUAUGCUCCUGGAUUGUGUAUUACAAAAGGGAUGCAGGCUGUCUCUUCAGAAGCUUGAGGGCAAAUUCAUUAUUUUGUACACUGCAUGUUUGGUUUAAUCCCUUUUUUACUGCUACAAUCCACUUACACUGAGUGUCUAGUUUCUCACAUUCAGCAGAACAGUUACUGUACAGAGGGGGCUUAACCUUUUUAUGACGUCAACUGAAGAUCACAACUUUAUGCAUUUUAGUACAAACAAGACUGUCCUGCGGUAUUUAGCACAUGUCUGAUGUCUUGCUGUUUAGUAGAGGUACCCUGGUUGGACAAUUCAUCUGAUAUCAAACACAAUACUUUGUAUCUUGCACUAUUUUCGUUUAGAAUUCUUGAAGCAUUUAACCCUUUUCUACCUGACAUUAAAUUAUUUUCCAUUUGUUAUAAAAUAUUUUGAAAGAUAAUAAAACUACAAAAUUA